GCUGGGAGUGAGACUGGAGUCAGGACUCCCAGGAGAGGGAGUGUGCCAGCUCGCCAGCUCUGGGACACUGGAGGCUGGGGGGAGAUUCUGGCCGCUCCUGUCCAAGUGCUCUGGCCUGAGCGGGAGCAGAGGUGAGGUGUCUGCCCCCCCCUUGGGGGGGCAAGACAGAGCCUGAGGCCUGGGUGCCACCUGGCACCUGGAAGAUGCCUGUGCCCUGGUUCCUGCUGUCCUUGGCACUGGGCCCAAGCCCCGUGGUCCUCUCUCUGGAGAGGCUCAUGGGGCCUCAAGACUCUGCUCGCUGCUCUCCGGGCCUCUCCUGCCACCUCUGGGAUGGUGACAUGCUCUGCCUGCCUGGGAGCAUAGUGUCUGCCUCGGGACCUGUGCUGGUGCCCACUCGCCUACAGACAGAGCUGGUGCUGAGGUGCCAUCAGGAAACGGACUGUGACCUCUGUGUUCGUGUGACCGUCCACUUGGCUGUGCAUGGGCAGCGGGAAGAACCUGAAGAUGAGGAACAGUUUGGAAGAGCAGCUGAUCCAGAGCUCGAGGAGGCUAAGAAUGGCUCUCUCCAGGCCCAAGUCGUGCUGUCCUUCCAGGCCUACCCUACUGCUCGCUGUGUCCUGCUGGAGGUGCAAGUGCCCGCUGCCCUCGUGCAGCCCGGUCAGUCCGUGGGCUCUGUAGUAUUUGACUGCUUUGAGGCUGCUCUAGGGGCCGAGGUGCGAAUCUGGUCCUACACUCAGCCUAGGUACCAGAAGGAACUCAAUUUCACACAACAGCUGCCUGAUUGCAGAGGGCUCGAAGUCCGGAACAGCAUCCAGAGCUGCUGGGCCCUGCCCUGGCUCAACGUGUCUGCAGACGGUGAGGAUGUGCACCUGGUGCUGGAUGUCUCUGAGGAACAGCACUUUGGCCUCUCCCUGUACUGGAACCAGACCCAGAGCCCUACAAAACCAUGGUGGCACAAAAACUUGACCGGGCCGCAGACCAUUACCUUGAACCACACAGACCUGGUUCCCUGUCUCUGCAUUCAGGUAUGGCCUCUGGAGCCCGACUCCGUUCGAACGAGCAUCUGCCCAUUUGGGAACGAUCCCCGCGCACACCGCAACCUCUGGCGUGCUGUCCGGCUGCAGCUGCUACCCCCUCGGGGCUGGCGGCUGGAUGCACCAUGCUCGCUGCCCGCUGAGGCCACACUCUGCUGGCAGGUACCAGGCUGGGGCCCCUGCCAGCCGCUGGUCCCACCGCUGCCCCGAGAAAAUGUCACUGUGAACAAGGCCCUUGAGUUCCCGCUGCUGAAAGGCCACCCCAACCUCUGUGUCCAGGUGAGCAGCUGGGAGAAGCUGCAGCUGCAAGAGUGCUUGUGGUCUGACUCCCUGGGGCCCCUCAAGGAUGAUAUGCUGCUGGUGGAGACACGAGGCCCCCAGGACAAUAGAUCACUCUGUGCCUUGGAACCCAGUGGCUGCACCCCACUACUCAGCAAGGCCUCCACGAGGGCAGCUCGCCUUGGAGAGCAGUUACUAGAAGACCUGCAAUCAGGCCAGUGUCUGCAGCUAUGGGAUGAUGACCUGGGAGCACUAUGGGCCUGCCCCAUGGACAAGUAUAUCCACCAGCGCUGGGCCCUGGUGUGGCUGGCCUGCCUACUUUCUGCUGCUGUGCUUUUCCUUCUCUUCCUUCUCAAAAAGGACCAUGUGAAACAGUGGCUGAGGCUCUUGAAGGAGGAUGUCCGCUUGGGGGCCGCCGCCAGGGGCCGCGCGGCUCUGCUCCUCUACUCCGCCGAAGACGCGGCCUUCGAGCGCCUCGUGGGCGCCCUGGCGUCGGCGCUCUGCCAGCUGCCGCUGCGCGUGAUCGUAGACCUGUGGAGUCGUCGUGAACUGAGCGCGCAAGGGCCCUUGGCCUGGUUCCAUGCGCAGCGGCUCCAGACCCUUCAGGAGGGUGGCAUGGUGGUCUUGCUUUUCUCUCCCGGGGCCGUGGCGCUGUGUCGCGAGUGGCUGCAGGAUGGGGCGUCAACGCCUGAGGUGCACGGCCCACAUGACGCCUUCGCCGCCUCGCUCAGCUGCGUGCUGCCGGACUUCUUGCAGGGCCGGGCACCUGGCCGCUACAUCGGGGCCUACUUCGACAGUCUGCUCCACCCAGAUGCCGUGCCAGCCCUGUUCCGCGCAGUGCCAGUCCUUGCCCUACCCUCCCAGCUGCCUGACUUCCUGCGGGCACUGCAGGGGCCCGGAGCCCCCCGUCAUAGGGGGCUCGCAGACAGGGUGGAGCAAGUGUCCCGGGCCCUUCAGCCCGCCCUGAACAGCUGCCUCCGGCCCCCGGGGACCCAAGAGACAGGACGCGAGAUGGGACCUGUGGCAGGGGACGGGACUUGAAUAAAGGCAGAUGCUAUUUUUCCA